GACAUGCUACUUACUUGAUCCGACGGCGAGUGACCCGAGAAUAAAACCAGACACAAAAAAGAUCUACAGUAGCUACGUGAUGUUACCGAGCACUGAACAAUGAUGGACUUGAUCUUAAAAACGUUCAUCUGAACGAUGCGGGAGUUUGUGGCGGGUUCAGGUUUCGGUAAUUGCGUUACAUCUCGCUUUUGCGCAGUUUUUUUGCGUCUGAUCGUGUUGUAGAUCUACUUUGUCAUCAGCUCGCAUUUAGUCGUCACUGUCAUUUAAAGGGUCACUGAUAUCUUUUCACACAGGGCUGCAGCUCUCCUCGGGUGUUUAAGGGUUAACGGGUUACGCGUUCUGGGUGUUCUGUAAUCUGUGGACGCUCCCCGCAGCCAAUCAGAAGUUGGGACGGGUGUCUGUCUGGCCAAUGGGAGUGCGCUGAGGGUCAGUGUCAGCCGCAGGUGAAGUGUACAGUAGCGCUGUGUUCGUUCACACUCGCGUUCUGGCGACGUGGACGCGCAUCACCGAUCUCCCCUUCACGCGCGCCGCGAUGCGAGCGAGCUGCCGCCUCGGGGCUCAAUCUCCAUCUGACCCGGAUCUGGAGCUCCUAACCCCGUCGCUUUACAAUCAACAGUGACUUCUCCUGCCGAGGAUGGCUGUGCGCAGUAACUCUCUGAUGCCGUUCUCCAUUCAAGCCAUCCUGAACCGAAAAGACGAGUCUCGACACUUGAACGAUCUGGAGGUUUGUUUCUCAAAAAGCGCUUGCUGGAAGAUCUUCGGUGGCAUGGAUGAACCGGACAGGAGCGACGAGAGAGAGCACAAGAACUACGACUCGGACUCCGGGAUGAGCGAGGACACCGACAGUAAAGCGCAGAUCGACGCAAAGCCCGAGAAAGACGCAGAUUUAGCGGAAGACACGGACCCGGAGUCCACGGCGGAGCACUGCGGAGCCCGGGAGCGUGUGUCCGACUGCACCGGCGCCGAGGAGAAGAGCAGCGAUCAGCCCAAGCAGCGGAAGAAGCGCUCGCGCGCCGCGUUCUCUCACGCGCAGGUGUUCGAGCUCGAGCGUCGCUUCAAUCACCAGCGCUAUCUGUCGGGACCGGAGCGCGCGGACCUCGCCGCCUCCCUCAAACUCACCGAGACGCAGGUCAAGAUCUGGUUCCAGAACCGACGGUACAAGACCAAGCGACGCCAGAUGGCCGCCGAUCUGCUGGCCUCGGCCCCGGCGGCGAAGAAGGUGGCCGUGAAGGUGCUGGUCCGGGACGACCGGAGACAAUACAGCCCCGGAGAACUACUGCGACCGCCGCUGCUCUCCCUGCAGCCGCCCUAUUACUACCCGUACACGUACUGCCUGCCCGCCUGGAGCCUGUCCUCCUGCUCCGGGAGCCAGUGACACCGGGACUCACGAAUAUUUAUUCUCCUAAAGACAGUGGUUUACUGAACACACCGACCGAGGAGCCAAAACCGGGAGAUUUACGGCCGAAGCUGCCAGGACUACACCCGUUUUACUCCGUUUAACACCGCAUUAGGAUGUGAUCUCCGAAUGUGUCGGGUUUAAGCAAAACAUUGUUUCUUCUGAAUCUGCUCGGAAACAGCACUUGAUGUCGUUACUGCGCGCGCUCGGUAACGGUAAGACUGGCACUUUCCCCCGCAAUACAAACGAUCACAAUCAGAGACCGACACUGCUCCGGUGGACUCCAGGACCCUCUCAACCUUUAUUCCACAUGUAUGUUUUCAUAUUAGUGUAACGAGUUUUGUUUAAUGAAAAAGAAACAUUAAAACAUAUGAAGCAUAAUUCCAGUCGUGUUUCUCGUGUUUUAUGAGAUCCUCAAAGUAAAGCAGGAAAUGAAUGCUCCGUGACACGAGCCACUGGAGUCCCUAAAUUACUGAGAAACAGCCAGGGAGAGCCCAAACCCGCCCUGUGUGGCCAGAUAAGUGUGUUCAUUAAUAUUUCAGACCCGCGUAAAAAGCUUCUCUUCGUUUGUUAAUAUUUACUGAAGACGGAGAAGAAGAAACUUCGGAUUAAUUCGUGUCCGCGAUAAAAGAUUCGAAACCGUGCAAACAAUAAGAUCAACGAAUAUAAUCAAACAUCACCUUCAGUCAUGCUAAUUAUAAUAAUACUAAUAAAUGGAGCGGGUUUAUGAUUUAAUGUUAUAUUUUAUCGCGUUUCAAACACUCGCGAGUCUCUCAAUAACUAUGACAGUAAAUAUGUGUGAAUAUAAAUGUGUCAAUUACACUUCAA